GGAUUUUUUAUUACAAAAGUUGUGACGCGACGAAAUUUCACUGCGUGUGAAAAAAUUAAUUUUAACGCGUUAAAAGUGUUUAAUUCCCAUUAAAUUUAUUAAAAAAGUGUGCUCCAAAGAACAUUUUCUAUGAAAAGUGUAAAAUUUGCAAAAAUUAUAUUAAGAAAGUAAGUGAAAAUAGCGUUUGAAAAAAAGUGUUGGCGGAGUCUCAUGAAAAAUUUCUUAAAGCGAAAAAAUAUGUAUCGAAUUUGAAGAAAGAAGAAGCAAGCAAUAAAAGCAAAUGUAAAAAAGUCUCUGACGACAACGAGAAAAUUUUUUGUCCAAUUUCUUUUCGUUGUAUAAAGCGUAAAUCAAAAUAAAUACAUAAAUAAUCUUAAAUAAAAUAGAGAGAAUAAUAGAAACGAAACCCCCCCGUAAAUUACUCGGCGUCAGACAAAAAGCUCUUUCUUUGUCUUCUAUCAAACAAAAAAAAGUUAGUUUAAGGAUUUUAUAACAAAAAGGCAAAUUAAAUAUAUAAAUAAAAUUGCCCAUAUAUUAUUGUAAUUGUAAUGAGUGUCGCUGCAAUGACUAUGGACGAUCAGAGACCUUUGAUGAACAGUUACGAUAAAAUGUCUAAACAAUAUGAACAAAAUUUACAUAAUACAACCGGGGGUGGCGCAGUUGUGGGAGGUAGUGGUAGUCUAAUGGUAAAUAAUGCUGGUCUUCUAUCGGGACCAGCUUCACCCACACCAUCGGCUUCAGAGGAACCCACUACAUCCCAUCACAACACCCAUCAUGCGUCGUAUCAUCAUACGUCGCAUUCGCAUCAUCAUCACCAUCAUCAUUCGCAUCAUACGCAUCAACAACAGCAGCAGCAACCGGCCUCAAGGCCUGCAUCGCCACCUAUAACACAAACGCAUCAUCAGGAUACAGUUGCUGCUGCUGCCGCAAUCGCUGCUGCUGAACAGCGUCAACGUUUACUCGAAGAUGAAAUUGAGAGUCUCAAAGUCGAGCAAACAAGACUCACACAACAAUGUGCCGAUGCCCAGAGACGCGAAAAGAUACUCAUGCGCAGAUUGGCCAAUAAAGAACAGGAAUUUCAAGAUUAUGUGAGCCAAAUAGCGGAAUAUAAGGCAGCCCAGGCUCCAUCGGCCGUUGCCUUAAGAUCAGCUUUAUUGGAUCCAGCUGUUAAUUUGCUAUUCGAUAAACUCAAGAAAGAACUUAAAGCCACCAAAGCCAAAUUGGAAGAAACACAAAAUGAACUGGCAGCUUGGAAAUUUACACCAGAUUCUAAUACAGGCAAACGUUUAAUGGCCAAAUGUCGUCUACUAUAUCAGGAAAAUGAAGAACUAGGCAAAAUGACCUCUAAUGGUCGCCUGGCAAAAUUAGAAACAGAACUGGCCAUGCAAAAAAGUUUCAGCGAAGAAGUUAAAAAAUCACAAUCAGAACUUGACGAUUUUCUACAAGAGCUAGAUGAAGAUGUUGAAGGUAUGCAAAGUACUAUAUUGUUUUUGCAACAAGAACUUAAAACCACCAGAGAUCGCAUACAAAUCCUCGAAAAAGAAAACUAUCAAUUGAAAACAGGUCUGAAUACAAAUGCCACCACAGACGCCGACGAAGAUGCCACAAUGAAAGAUGAACAAAGCCAUGAAAAUGAAUGUCCACAAGACAAAGAUGACAAAUUAGCUGCAGUUAAUGGCAAUAACAAUUUUAGCCACAACACUACACCACAACAACCUGCCAAUGUAAACGAACAGAAUUUAAAUACUUUGGAAACAAUGGACGAACCAACAUGCCUGCGUAAUAAUAUCAAUAACACAACGACCUCUACGACAACGGCAUAUUUUAAUGGCACCGAAGAAACACCAACGGAAAUCACACAUGAGGGCAAUGGUGGGGCCAUAGGGGCAAAAUUACGUACAGUAGCUUCGCGAAAACGUAACUAUGAAUGCGAUGCCGCAUUAGAAAGCAGCAGUAUGAUGCACACACCUGCCGUUAAUGUUGUUGCCUCGCCCAGAACGUUGCCGCCCAAAAAAUCCAAAUUGCGUGUAGCUCCCGUACGUAGGCCGUCUGUGCAACCGAUCGAUGAAAAUGAAAUGCUCAUUACCGGCAAUAAUCAUGGCAAUGCUACCAUUUUAGAUAAUGCGGUAGAUGGUAUGGCCAAUGAAGAAUGCUCCUCUUUAAAUGAAAAUAUGGCAAAUAACGAAAGCUCAACAACGGUGGUGGGUAAUGAAAGCGGUGUAGUGGUUGCUCAACGUAUUAUGACGCGACGAAGAUCGGUGCGUUUAAAUGGUGGCAGCAAUGGAGGUGAUAGUAAUCAUUGAAAAAAUCUAAAACUCCAACGCCUAAACCUCUCACAAUUUUAUUCUAAUGGCAACAAUAAUUAUAUGAAUAAAAAGCAGAAUAAUAAUAUUACAUUGUAUAUCACUAAUAUUAUAUAAAAAAAAACACAAA